AUGGUUCCACUCUCACUCCUUGUCGGCCAGUUCUCAGGGUGCGUUGCUCCCACGUGCUUUCUACUUGGUGCUUGCACUAUUUUCGGUCUCUCUGUUCUUUCUCUCUCUGCCUCUACCGCUUCUUCUCUCGCAACGCGCAAGAGACCGAGAUCGAGAUCUCUCCCGCGAACCUCGUACACAAGACGAAAUUCCGCAACAAUGGGCACCAACGUUCUCGUCAGGAUUUGCGGGCCAAAGCUCUUGCGCGCCGCGAUGACCGAGCAAAAAUCAUGGAUCACCGUCAGCAGGUGUCUCAGUGUCUCUAGUACCACAAUGUCGCGCAGUAUGCUGAAGGAUUCGCCAAAUGCGGCGUUGGACAAAACUCUGUUGCAAAAGUACCUCGAUCUGCCCCAACCGGAGGAUGCGAUCCAGGCGAAGUACAUCUGGAUUGACGGUACUGGCGAAGGAUUGCGUAGCAAGACCAGAACCGUGAACUUUUUACCGAAACAUCCUUCCGACCUGCCCACGUGGACUUACGACGGCAGCUCGACGUACCAGGCCGACGGUGCCAACAGUGAUAUAUUUCUCUACCCGGUGGCGAUUUAUAACGAUCCCUUCCGUCGCGGUAACAACAAGCUCGUGCUCUGCGACACUUACUACAGCGAUAAGACGCCAACCAAGUCAAACAAGCGAUAUCGCGCGAAUCAGGCGAUGGAGACUAUUAAGGAUCAGGAACCAUGGUUUGGUAUCGAGCAGGAGUACACUCUUUUGGACUUCGAUGGUAGGCCUCUCGGUUGGCCCAAGAACGGCUUCCCGGGCCCACAGGGCCCUUACUACUGCGGCGUCGGCGCUGACAAGGUAAUCGGUCGUGAGAUCGUCGAGGCUCACUACAGGGCCUGCCUCUACGCCGGCGUGAAGCUCGCGGGGACCAACGCCGAGGUGAUGCCCUCGCAAUGGGAGUUCCAGGUGGGACCGUGCACGGGCAUUAACGCCGGAGAUGAUCUGUGGAUGGCCCGAUUCAUUUUGCACCGCAUCGCCGAGGAAUACGGCGUGAUCGUUACCCUGGACCCAAAACCGGUGGACGGCUCGUGGAAUGGCGCCGGUGCCCACACCAACUUCUCGACGAAGCCGAUGCGCGGCGAGAACGGCAUCGCCGAGAUCGAGAAGGCUAUCGACAAGCUUAGCAAGCAACAUCUCAGGCACAUCCAGGCCUACGACCCGCGCGGAGGGAAGGACAACGAGCGUAGGCUGACCGGCAAGUGCGAGACCAGCAAUAUUCAUGACUUUAGCGCCGGGGUGGCCAAUCGAAACGUCAGCAUUCGCAUUCCCCGUGGCGUCGCCGAGGAUAAGAAGGGCUACCUGGAGGACAGGAGGCCUAGCAGUAACUGCGAUCCCUACUCCGUUUGCGACGCCCUGGUCCGUACCUGCGUGCUCAACGAAUAAUAAAGCCGCGGCGCAACGAGGGCGCGUGUGGAAGACACGCCGGACCGACACGCACACACCCGCAUACACCUGGAGCGUACAAUUACUUGUAGAACUUAGAAUCCUGUCUGUUUUCCCAUCUGGAACGGUGGUUAAUAAUGUUGAAUUUAUUUAGCGGAACGAAAAAUCUGAGCAUUCAACGUCUUAAGUACCAGUUCAAAAUGUUUCACUGCAGGUUCUACAUAAACGAAAUUUGUCAUUAACGAUCAGGCAGGGUAUUACCGAAAGAGAAUCGAGCGGUUAGUGUUAUAAAAUUAACUCGGUCCUCUUUCGCUGUUUUAUGAAUAAGAUAUUAUUGUUUAGAGAAGGACACGUUAUGAAUAAGAUAUUGUUUAGAGGAGGGCAGAACGGAUCAUUGAUACGUAAUCGAUUUAUUUGGACUGUCGAUGCACCUCGGCCGUAUUCAUAGUCAGGAUAUAAAUAUUAGGUAAUUCUAAGGCGAGCCUGUAAUUAUAAGUGCGAAGCAUAUGUUACUGUUCAAGUUAUCGCAUUAAAUCCCUUCCUAAAGCUCGCCUUUUUAUAGAUUUUAUAAUACCAUUUUAGAAAACGGCAUAAGAACAAAGAGAAAGGAGAAAGAAAAAGUUUAUAGCGCCACGCGUUGUUCGAAAAUAGCAUAAACAAUAAAGUACAAUACAUAUAAAAAUUAAAAAAUUAUAUAAAAACAAGUAAACGAAUUAACAAAGGAAGCUCAUGACGCACCAAUCUUCAUACAUGCAUCGACCUCUUUUGCGCGUAAGAAGCUAUUAAACAAUGGAACAAAUUGUACAACAAAUGCGAAAGUCUACUUUUUUAGGAAAGAAAUUUAAUCCUAAAAUUCUAACAUUGUUAUGCUAUUUUUUAAAUAUAUUUUAUAAUUCAAUUUUUAUUAACUUUAGAGUUUGACUAUUACCAGCUUUAUCAAUAUUAUUCUCAACUUUUUAUUUUUAAAUCCGAUUAACUUUAAAUUCAAAUAGCAUCAUAGAUAAAUUCACACGCAUGAAAAAAAAAUAUAUAUGUAUAAUAAGCAUACAAUACGUUUACAAGCUAUAUACGUGCAGUCGCUUAUAAAUAAUGUAUGUUAUAUGGAUUACAAGCGACUGUGGACUAGAGUGAGAUGCUUAGAACAAGUUAUCACUUGAAUCGACGUCUCACUUGCUUCAAUAUCAAAUUAAUAUGAAUACUGUAUGAAUCGAGGCGUUUGCAUUAUAUUUUUGUAUAUAAUUGCAUAUAUUGCAGCUAGAUAUAUUGUAAUUACUGUGCAUUAACUAAAUAGCGUGUAGAAGAAAAAAAAUAAGAACUAAACUGUCGCUUACUUAAUAGUCCGAAUUAUUAAUGUGGUAUGGAAAGGUAAGCCAAGUUGUUUAACGCCCGGAAAGUUCUAGAUAAAAAUUUUAAACAUUUUAAAAUGUUUCAUAAGUAUUUGUUAUUUUAUAUUUAACAGCAAUGUUGCGUGUUUAAAAUAAAAUUACAAGAGAUCGAGAUUUUUAUAAUAAACAGCUUCACUACUAACUAAACUUGUACUCUCUCAUAUCACAUUCCUUGCCUUGAACAUCAUUUUUAUUAAAAUUAAUAUUGUGUUUUCCAGAUAAUAUUGUUAUUUAGAAAAAUGUACAGUAAUUACAAGACUGAUGCAGUUUGUCAAGAAAAGAAAUUUAUUAUCUUCCCUAGAAAUAUAAUUUUCACUAUUCAAAUAUAAUUUUGUCCUUAAAAUGACAUAUUUGAGAAAUACGUAUUUUAUUGAAAAUCUUAUUAAUAAGAUUAAAUGUAUAUAUAAAUGUAUAUUAAAAAUACCUUAUCAGGAUCUGACGAUUAAAAAAAUAUUUCAAGAGAAACGAAAGUAAUCAUAUCGGUUCCGAAUAUCCUCGUUACAAAAUUAAGAAUAAGACUAACUCGAGAAAAAUUAAAAAGAAAAUUUUUGCAGGAAAUAAUGUUUUCGAUUUAAGCUUGUGGACUACGAAUACGGCCCAAAAAUGUAGCCGAUGCUGAUUGUAAAUUUUCGUUUAUUCAGAUUUAACACGAGAGAAUCGUGUUCAGUGUUAUUAAAUUCUAAGCGUCACUGUAAAUGUAAAGAUCAUCGAACUUCGAAGUAGAUCCAUGUCUAGCACACUUUUUAAUAUUGUUAAAUUAUCCGACCUAUCAACCAAUUCUGAAUUUUAUGACGUUACGGCGUGAAAAUUGCGUUUAAUAUUAAAUUUAUCCAGAAGGCAAUGUAGACGCGUGCGAGAUCUAGGCAGUGGCAAGAUCUGAGGAAUAAAUCUAAGGGUGAGGUAC